CUUAUAACUUUGAAAUUGUUUGCAACUCUCUGUGUUCCAGAAAAGAAAACGAUUUCCCUUCCUUCUGGGCCGAAAUCAAAAGAAAGAACUGCACAAAUUCAGGCUAUCCCUGUUCAAGAGCGUUGGUUUGCCAGCCUUGUCGCUGAAUCCCCAGUCUCUCUUGAAGAAUCGGGGCAGGACUCUGACGGCUCUAAAGAGGUUGAAGAAGAGAAUAUAGAUGCGUAUAUUCCCAUGCAGGUUGUUUUCCCGGUGGGUGAAGCUUCUCUGCCGGCUCCCAACAAGUGCCCCCCUGUGUCUACUGCGGCUAUGUCUUCUUCCAGCUCCCGUUUGACUCCAUCUGCUCACGAAUUGCUUGCUCUGGCUUCCAAGAAGAAAAGAGCCUCUCCCAGACUGGCUUCCACUCCUCAAAAGCUUCCCAAGCUGUCCGUUGCUAUUGAAACCAAACCAAACUUACCUCGUCCCCACGAGGUCAAAACUGUUCCAGCCCUUAAGCCAUUGGAUGUAAAGAUGUCACUUUCCCCUGACUUUUGUAGUCUACAAGACGUAUCCUUGAUGAGAGGAGAAAUACACAAGCUCAUGCUUCCUUCAUCUCCAGAUGUUUUCAAAGGCUUGCCCCCAGCUGGAUUACUGUCUGCAUCCUCGGCCUAUGCUUUUCAGAGCUUGCAAGCUGGUCUGGUUGCUGCUGAGAAAGUGGCUUUGCUGGAGAAAGCUCUUGACGAGUCUAAGCAUAAUGAAUCACUCUCUCGCUCUCUUGCGGAAGACAAUGCCAAGCUAGUUCAGGAUUUGCAAAAGGAAGUGACAGCUCAAUCUGCACAGAUUUCAAGGCUUGUUGACAGGAUUAAGGCGCUUGAAGCUUAUGGGCGGAAAAAGAAACAAGAAGUUAUUGACGCAGCCUGCUACUACGUUUGGCAAACCCGGGGAGACCUGAUGGCCUCUUUCCUUGCAGGUGAGUCGGCCAACUGGAAUGCGGAAGAGGAUAUUGCCACCUGGAAGAAGGUUCAAGAGGAUAUGGAUUCCCCUGUUGCUGAGGACGGCUUUGACGUGGGUCAGUCUGAUGGUGAGGCUGACUCCAAACAUGCUUAGAUUAUUUCGUUCUCCUUGACGUUUUUGAUAAACAUUUCUGAUGUCCCGGAGUCCUGGUGGUUUAUCCAGGACGGGAAAUACUUUUGACGCUUUAAGCCUGUGCACUUGGUGGUUUAUCCAAGGCUUGGCUUUUGUUUUGCUACGUUUGAUGUGAAAACUUUGACGUGACCGCUUUUAUAUCCUGUCUGU